AUGUCUAUUCUGUCCGUUGCAAUUGUCGUGGUCACUUUCAUCAGCCCUAUGUGCAUAUCAGCCCUCCAAUCAAUCUCAGCACACCUGGCUUGCGCCAAUAUCUAUAUUUUGAGAGUUCUCGGAGGAAUGUCUGCUUUCAAGAUUGACGGUAUCAUGAAAAAGCUUGAUCAAUGGCGUGCACACGCAUCGUACAUAAAGCCAUCCUCCGUUUCCACGCCCKGGCCUGAGUCCGGUAUCGCGUGCCUAGGCACCGAUAAUCUCCACCACAGGAACCACACAUUGUUUGACCCGGGCUUGAGUGAGCUGGGCUCACUGUGGCGCGCUCAGCCCAGUCAGGAUGCUGUCUUCACGUCAGGCCAUCUUGCCAACGGGCCGACUUUUGGGACUCUGUAUCGUGAAGCACUACUUAUCAACCGGCAAGUUUUGCUUUUCGUUAUGGUUGUUCUGUUGAUGAUACCAGCAGUAACAUCCAUAUUCACUUGGUAUUCUCGCAGGCACUGCCUCCAAGUAGCGAACAUUGAGAUUCUAGAUUUCAUCAGCGAAGUCCGUUCCCGGAAAAUGUUUCUGUUGAAAAGGAUGAGCUCCGCUGUUUCAAUKCUGAACGGCCAAAUAGACAGCAUCAUGAAGCAGAUAGCGAUUGAGCACGAGCGGGUUUGCGCUGAACUACCCACCUUCCUUGAUGCUGAAGUCAGGGAACUGCGCGAUGCUCUUGAGACACAAUUCCACAACGAAUCUGACCACUAUGUCCUGGAAGUGAAGAAUUUUGCGCACAAAUUGGAACGUGCACGUCGAAGCUUUCCAGAUCCCGAAGCCAUUGAAGCUGAGUGCAAGGAUUUCCAAUUUGAGCUUCAACACUGGAGACAGCAAAUGAGCAACUUUCUCGCUCGAGUCAGUACCGAUGCCGAAAGGAAUGGUAAUAUACAGACCCCGGUCAAGCGCAUCAUGGCCCUUCCAGAGGAAGUACCGACCACUCAGGCGUGCGGUACGGAGACUGCAUAUGAGGCCAUGGAAGACAACAUGGACGGAAACGAACCUGCAAGCCUUAUUGUGAGCGAAAAACCACGAGCAGAAGGCGAGGAGCCAAUCUCGAGAAUGGCCCUGUGGGCAACAGCGUCUGGAUACCCUACACCCACUCCAGAGGAAAUCGAAGAAGGCCGAAGAAUCCGGCGUGAGAGAGUCGCAAAACGCAUGGCAGACAACAAUGGUCAGCGACCUGUGAGAAGCGAGUCUGGGCCCAGAAAGCGCAGAUGUCCGUUCAGAAACAGGAUCCACGAUGUGCACAAGCAAGACCACGAUGGGGCUCGCUAG